UAAAUUCCCAACGUGGGACCGAGCCAUCUCGUCAAUUUCCAAUCUGCAAAUCAAAAUCUUCGUCAGCCCACGAACAAAUGAAUUAGUUUCAGUCAAACUCAGCUUUUGUUUUGUGAUUUGAUUUUCUUAACUCGAAUCUUACAGAGAGUGAAAGAUGGCGGAUUCCAGUGAAAAUUUUAACGGGGUUUUGUAUGAGGGUGUAGGGGACAGUGAAGAAUCUGGAUUUCCUAAGAAAAUAAAAAAAGGAUCACAUCAUCGUCAAGAACUGAGAGAAGUGACUCUUUAUACUGUUUUCAGCAAUUUGAUCAAUGCAAUUUUCUUUCGGAGCCCGAAUUCUCGUUACGGUUCUGUUCAUCUACUGCACCGGAUCAAAGUUUCCGUUUAUGAAAAUAUUCCCCUGCUUCGUGACGCUUCGACGAACAGUGGUCGCCAUGUUCUCGCCUGGGCUCGCCGCGGCAGCCCCCUCCGCCUCCUCCUUGUCGUCUCUGUCGGGACAAUUUUACUCCUCACAUCGACUGGAGUACUGGUUUUUAUGCUUUUCUUUGCUGCUGCAACCUUCAAUGCCGUUGUCAUUUCUCUUUUCAUGUCUUUAGUGGCAGCAGGAGGAUUCUUGGCUCUUUUCUUUGCCUGUGUUGCAGCCAUUUAUGUUGGCGCUCUAUCAAUAGCUGUAUGUGUCAUUUCUACAGCAACAACUGUAGCCAUUAUUGCUGUUCUUACAGCUACAGGUUGGAUUGGAUUCUUCUGCACUGUGUGGCUGGUGACGAAGAAAAGCUUAAGUUUAGCCAAGCAUUCGCUUCAUACUACGAGAUCAGCAAUUUCAUCUUACAAUUCUGCUAGACAUGUUUCAAGCCACCCUGAAUCGAGAAAAUCUGAAUGAAGAGCAGCCGCGGAAUGGAGCUUUUACUAUGUAGAUAUGUAUUGUGUGCACGUAGACGAAUAUGUUUGCAUUGCACUACCUUGAUGAUGAUGAUGUUGCUAUAGAUUAUCUCGUGUGCAAAGUAAUGGACAUAGUUUUAAUCGGUGCCACUUCGUCUCUAAGCUACCUUUUUCCUUGUACUCGUAGACACGUGUGGAUAUAUAAGCUCUUUACAGCUUGAAUUUAUGGUGUGCUUAUUUUUUAACA